GAAAUGCUUAAAAAAUUUUAAGCCAUUUGCACCAAGGAGUUGUUGUCAGUUUUCAUUUGGUUAGAGAAACACUUGUAUCUUCAUUUUCCCAGGAACAAGAAAGAGAGAAGAAGAAGAAGAAGAGAUGGCAGAGGCUGUUGUUUCCCCUGUGAUUGAAAGACUUGGAGACUUGCUACUGAAUGAAGCUAAGUUCUUGUCUGGAGUCAGAGUCCAAGUCAAGGAUGCACACACCAAGCUGCUAUGGAUGCGAGCUUUCUUGAAAGAUGCAGAUGCUCAUGUAAGAGAUGGCGAUGAGAGAGUGCGUCUUUGGGUUGUCCAAGUCAGAGAUACUUCUUAUUACUUGGAUGAUGUUAUUGAAACUUAUGUCUUGAGAGUGGUUUCCAAGAGGAACGGGAGAGGUGUCAUUAGUGUGCUGAAAAGGUCUGUUUGCAUCUUCAGGAAAGGAAUUGAUGUCCAUAAAAUUGGAGCAGAGAUUGAGAAGAUCUCAUCCAGCAUUGCUACUUUGACUUCAUCCCUACAAACAUAUGGCAUAAGAGAAUUAAGGGUCAAGGAAAUGGGUGAAACUUCAUCAAACAACAUCCAACCGCAAAGAGACUUGAGAAGAGCUUAUUCUCAUGUUGUGGAGAAUGUAGUUGUUGGAUUCGACAAAGAUGUCGAAGAAUUGGUAGCUCGUUUGAUUGGGAAAGAGAAUCCUCGCAGCCAUAGAGUGAUCUCUAUAUGUGGGAUGGGUGGUUUGGGGAAGACUACCCUUGCAAGAAAAGUCUAUCAUCAUCCCCAAGUCAGAGCUCACUUUGAUUGUUUUGCUUGGGCAUCAAUAUCUCAACAAUGUGUAGUGCGAGAAGUAUGGGAAGGAAUUUUAUUUGGUUUGACUACUCCAACACAAGAAGAAAGGAAGGAGAUUAAAAGAAUGGGGAAUGGUGAGAUAGCAAAAAAGCUUUACAACCUUCAAAAACAAAGAAAAUGUUUGGUACUCCUCGAUGACAUUUGGACCGCUUCCACCUGGGAUGGUCUGAAAGCUGCAUUCCCUCAAGACGAAACCGAUAGCAAGAUUUUACUCACAACUCGAAUAAAGAACGUAGCUCUUCAUGUUGAUCAGAAUGCUUUCAUCCAUGAACCUCAGUGUCUAAACGAGAAUGAGAGCUGGGAACUGUUUCAGAAAAAAAUUUCAUGUUUUGGAAAGGAUCCAACAAAUAAUGAAAGAAUGGGCGUACUAGGGCGAGAGAUGCUCAAACAUUGUUCUGGUCUACUAUUGGCCAUCAUCGUACUCAGUGGGCUUCUAUCUACAAAACACACAGUUAAUGAGUGGGAGGAGAUUAAAAGAAAUGUAAUGAGAUACAUAACUAAAGGUAGAGAACAUGAUGACUCAAAAUACUCUGGUGUUUCAUCAGUGUUAGGUUUGAGUUAUGAUGAAUUGCCAUUUUACUUGAAGCCUUGUUUUCUUUAUCUGGCUCAUUAUCCUGAGGAUGCCACCAUACAAGUAAAAGAAUUAUGUCUUAUGCUCGUAGCAGAAGGUUUUAUACCUUCAAGAGGAGCUUCAACUGAUUCCAUCGAGGAUGUGGCAUAUGAUUGCUUAGGUGAGUUGGUGGAAAGAAGCAUGAUUCAGGUAGAAAAGUGGGGUUCAACAAGAAAAAUGAAAUCAUUUCGUAUUCAUGAUCUCAUGCGAGAUGUGUGCUUGUCUAAAGCUCAAGAUGAAAACUUUCUACAAUUUAAUGAUUUAAGGAAUAGAGGGGAGGAGCCACUAAAAUCUGUAUCUAGAGACAUAAGAAGAGUUGCCAUUUAUUUUGAUAGUGUUGAUGAUUUUCUUCCUUUUGUUGAUAAUAUAAAUGGUGCUCUUCGGUGUCUUAUCAUAGAAUUUGUGAAGCCCAACAAUGUAUUGAGACCUGUUAUUAAUAGCUUUCUCAUGCUUAGAGUUUUAAAGCUAAGUUCUGAGGGUUACUUGAGGUUGCCUAAAGAAAUUGGAAAGCUUAUUCACCUAAGGUUGUUUAGCAUUAGUGGCAGCACUACCUAUGUGGAAAAUAUCCCAUCCUCCAUUGGCAAUUUGAGAUGUCUACAGACUUUACGGGUAAACUCAUACAAAAUCAAAGUACCAAAUGUAAUGUGGAAGUUGGAACAAUUGAGGCACUUAUCAUUACCCAAUGUUCAUGGUAUCCCUGCCUUUAGUAAAUGGUUGAGGUUACCUAAUCUUAAAAAUUUGCAAACAUUGACAGAUGUUCAAAUGAAGUACCUUGAUAGGAAUGAUUUUUUGCAAUUGACGAAUCUGAAGAAAUUAGCGAUUAGAGUGGAUAGAAAUUUGGAGAGAAUUUUCCAAGAUCCCACAACUGUCACCUUCGUCCGUCUUAGGCAUUUACAAAUAUAUUGUCGUGAAGAAGGGGUGAGAGUAGAUAUUGUUCCUAUGAUAUUAAGCUAUCCUCAAAUAUAUAAGCUUAAAGUGAGGGGGAGAAUGGUAAAAUUACCAGAAUACAACCAAUUCUCCCCAAACAUUGUCAAGUUACAGUUGGAAUAUACUCAUCUUAAGGAUGAUCCAAUGCCAACCCUAGAAAAGCUAUCGAGUUUAAGAGUCCUUUCCUUAGUGUGUAGCUAUGAGGGGAAUGAGAUGGUGUGCUCAAAAGGAGGUUUCCCUGAACUGGAAUCUCUUUCCAUGAAUGUUCUAGACGAUUUAGAAGAGUGGAAGGUGGAGGAAGGGGCCUUGUCUAGUCUUCGCUCUUUGGAGAUUACUGACUGCAGAAGAUUGAGGAGAGUUCCUGAUGGAUUAAGAUACAUUACUACGCUUAAGGAAAUGAAGAUUGAGUUUAUGCCUAGGGAAUUCAAAGAAAGGGUGGAGGAAGGAGGAGAGGAUUUCUACAAAGUCCACCACAUCCCAUCCCGUAUAUUUCUCCAAUGUUACCAUUGAUAUGAGCUGGAGCGAGAAGACGAUGAGCUGUUUGUUUGGAAUAGUUCCGGAGAGCCAUCAGUUAUCAGGGGAAUGGGUAUGGGUGCUGCUCUUUCCUUUGAUUUCACUCCACUGGUGCACAAAUGAACUUCUUCCACUGUCUGCAGCUGCUAUGGCAUUGCCUCCUCUAUACACUGUCGAAAAUUGUUGACUCAUUAGGACUGUAAGAUUCCUGUAAAAAAAACUGGGUGGACUUGCUGGAUUUCUUCCUUGUUGGAGGUGAAAUAUAUUGGCAAUCUUUCAGCAGAGACAGUAACUAUUUUAAAUUUUAGUUAUGUGUGUUCUAUGAGCUCUAUAUAUCAUAGUAUGUUGAAUCAUAUGUAGCACACUUUUCUACUAUCUUGUUUAAAUAUAUACAUGAACUGUUGCUAUUCAUGAGAGAUGAACAAUAUUACAUUGUUUCUGCUCCUCUGUGCCUUAGAUUUACAUGUCUGCGGAAUGGUACGAGCCAGGUUGCUGUCUGGAGUGACCUCUUCAUGGAAGUGUGGCUACUGUCGAAGCUCUUGUACGACGAUUGCAAAAAGUUUGGUGGACAACUUUCUCUAGGCAUAAACAAGGACUUUCGAAUUCAUCAUAUAGUCGAAAAUGACUGGGAAAAAGGAGUUGAUGCUAUCAAAAUGUAGUCCUGGUCUUGUGCCACCACAGAAACAUGUAUUGCAUGCUUAUCUACCAGGGACUGAACCUUAUGAACUAUGGAAAGGACUUGAUCAUCUAAUAUCUGAAAGAUGAGAGGUAAUGUGGAGAGUAGUGGAGUAGUGAAGUUGGUUGGAUCUCCAUUGACACAUGAAAGAUUACUUAGAAGAAACAGAGAAACAGGCCAAAUUAUAGAGUAGAUGAUUUAUAGUACUUAAUUCUUUUAUCUGAUUAGUUGGUGCAGUUAAUAUAUCUCACGUUCCAUGGUUAAUAUGGCAUUCUCAUCAUCACCAGUGAUUUAUGUUUGUAAUAUUACAUCCUUUAAUUUAUCCUUUAGUAGUUUUUGGUGUAAGAGAACAAGAUUCCAUUGCCAUCAAUUUCAUGUCCAAUAUAAUAUAUAUGCAGAUUCAUACU